GAGCCGCAAGUCGGGCCGGCGGGCAGCCCAGCUCCUCCUCCUCUUCCUCCGCCUCCGCCAUUUAGUCCUCCCGGCGGCGCGCCGGAGCGCCCGGGAGAAGCGGCGGGAGGGUCCGAGCCGGUCCCCGCAUCAUGUCGCGCCUGCACCGGAGCAGAAUUGCAGACUUUGAAGAGAUCCUGAAUGAGCCCAACAUAGUUCUGCAAAAGCUGCGAGAAUUUUGUUUCAACGGGAUUCCCUUCGAAGGUGGCUUACGCUGUCUCUGUUGGAAGAUCCUCUUAAACUACCUUCCUGUGGAAAGGGGUGGUUGGAAUUCCCAGCUGAGAAAGCAAAGGGAACUUUAUGCCCAGUUCUUGAAGGAAAUGAUUAUCCAGCCAGGAAUAGCUAAAGCUGAACUCGGAGUCUUCAGAGAGGAUGUCACCUUGGAGGACCAUCCGCUGAAUCCCAACCCAAACAGCCAGUGGAACACAUACUUCAAGGACAACGAAGUCCUGUUGCAAAUCGACAAGGAUGUCCGGCGACUGUAUCCCGAUAUGGCUUUCUUCCAGCGCCCGACAGAGUAUCCUUGUCUGUUGAUCCUCGACCCCCAGAACGAAUUUGAGACCCUUCGCAAGCGGGUGGAACAGACCACCCUCAAAUCGCAGACGGUGGCACGGAACCGGAGUGGAGUAACUAAUGUGAGCUCCCCUCUUAAGGCUCCGGUGCUGAGCGAAUACGAAGUUCUCCCUGAUGGCUCAGAAGCCCACUGGGAAGUUGUGGAACGGAUCCUGUUCAUUUACGCAAAGCUGAACCCCGGAAUUGCCUACGUCCAAGGGAUGAACGAAAUUGUGGGGCCCCUCUAUUACACCUUUGCGACAAACCCCAAUAGCGCUUGGAAAGGGAACUUUAUGCCCAGUUCUUGA